AUUGACUAUUCAGCGCAAUGUUCUAUUCUGAGAGUAUUUGGAUACAACAGUCAACACAUUGCGGCUGACCGCGGCUCAGAACACACGUGCGCAAGACUACAUAAUACAGAGAAAAUGGCUAAAGUUGAUAUUAAAUACACCAAGUUGUUUAUCAACAAUGAAUUUGUGGAUGCUGUGAGCAAGAAAACUUUUCCAACACUCAACCCUCAAGAUGAGUCUGUCAUCACGCACGUCGCUGAAGGAGACAAAGCCGACGUAGACUUGGCAGUAGACGCAGCAGUGAAAGCCUUCCACCGGUAUUCGGAAUGGCGCGUCAUGGAUGCUUCCCAAAGGGGACGACUCCUCAACAAGCUGGCAGAUUUGAUGGAACGGGACGCUAAAUACUUGGGCGAGCUGGAAACUUGGGAUAACGGCAAACCUGUUGCUCAAGCGACUGGCGAGGUGUACUGGGCAGCCCAGGUUGUGAGGUACUACGCUGGUAAAGCUGACAAGAUUUUGGGAAAUACCAUCCCUGCAGAUGGCGAAGUUUUGUCAAUGACCUUGAAAGAACCGGUUGGUGUUUGUGGACAAAUUCUUCCAUGGAACUACCCCAUUCCUAUGUUUGUUUGGAAAAUUGCACCUGCUCUGGCCGCUGGAUGCACCGUGGUCGUAAAACCCGCGGAGCAGACACCUCUAACCGCGUUGGCAAUGGCCGCUCUGGUGAAGGAAGCCGGUUUUCCACCAGGAGUUGUGAACGUUGUAACCGGUUACGGACCCACCGCCGGUGCUGCCUUGACUAACCACCCUCGCGUCGACAAGAUGGCUUUCACUGGAUCCACCGAGGUGGGCAGAAUCAUAAUGCAGGGAGCUUCGGCCGUCAAUCUAAAGAGAGUUACCCUGGAGCUUGGAGGAAAGAGCCCCUUGGUUGUAUUCAAUGAUGCUGAUGUCGAAAAAGCCGCACACAUUGCUCACAGAGCAGCUUUCGCGAAUGCAGGCCAAUGCUGCGUUGCGGGAACCAGAACUUACGUUCAGUCAGGGAUUUACGAUAAGUUUGUCGCCAAGGCUGCUGAAAUUGCUAAGAACAGGAGUGUUGGAAACCCAUUUGAAAAUGUUCAGCAGGGCCCCCAGAUCGACACUGAAAUGUUUAACAAAGUUCUUGGCUACAUUGAGGCUGGUAAGAAAGAAGGUGCACGCUGUGUGGCCGGCGGCAGUCGCCAUGGCAACGUUGGAUAUUUCAUCCAGCCUACCGUAUUUGCUGAUGUCAAGGAUGACAUGAAAAUUGCGCGGGAAGAGAUCUUCGGACCAGUCCAGAGCAUCUUGAAGUUCGAGACAUUCGAAGAAGUCGUGGACCGUGCCAACGACUCCAACUAUGGUCUUGGAGCUGGCGUAGUGACAAAUGACGUCACUACGGCCCUAGCAUUCGUGAGACACGUUCGAGCUGGCACCGUUUGGGUCAACACGUACGAGCAUGUAGCCGUCCAGACGCCCUUCGGAGGAUUCAGAGAGUCCGGUAUCGGCCGUGAAUUGGGAGAAGACGGUAUUCAACAAUACUUGGAAAACAAGACCGUAACCAUUAACCUGCCAAAGAAACCAUUGCUGUAAUGUUCCCGAAUAAAUAUGACGUUCCAUUUUAAAGCCAAUUAAUUAUACACAACAUUUUUAUUAAACUGUUUUCUAUUUA